UUUCUGGUUUUGCUUGAUUACCUUAAAACAAGAAAAGUCUGUUCAGUCUUGCACAGCAUAACGUUUCUCCAUUAGACUUUUUAAGAGUCUUUUCUUCACCUUCUUCACUGGCAAAAUUUCAGAAGAAGCUUCUUCUUUGACCAGACAUGGAACUCUUCAUUCUGCUAGUCUUCAGCUUUUGUUGUUGCCACGCCAGUCCUCUCCAAGGCCAAGAAGUAGAUUGCGACAAUCCUGAUGUCUUCAAUGCGGUGGAUCUAGCACUGAAAGCAUUUAAUGGAGACAGAAUUGAUGGCAAUAAAUUUGCUCUCAACGUUGUCCUUGAAGCCAGCAGAACAGCAGGUCCCGGCAAAAAUUUCAUUGUGAAAUAUCAGCUAAGGGAAAGCAUUUGUGCUGUCGGAGAAGAUACUCCCUGGCAAAAAUGCAAGUUCAUACUAUCCUCAGAGGGAGACUCAGGAGAGUGUACAGCUGAUGUUCACAUUGAUGACUAUCCUAAACUUUCUGCGGUUUCACAGAAAUGCAAAAUUACCCCUGCUGUGGGGAAGGUGAACAAAUCGGAGGCUACCUGCCUAGGUUGCUGGCAUUCCAUCCCCGCCACGAGUUUGGAACUAUUGCCCAUUGUGAGAUACACCAUACGGCUGUAUAAUAACCACAGUGACCAGCCCUACCUUUCUGAAGUUGGAAAAAUUGUAAAAGCCCAACGCCAGGUGGUUGCUGGAUGGAGGUACAGUUUUGAGUAUUUGGUAGAAGAGACAAAUUGUUCCAAGGCUGAAUUUACAGACUUGACUCCAGCAUGCAAAGCUGUUCCUGCAGGUCAUGUCGCUAGCUGUACAGCUGAUGCCAUUGUAGACUUCACAGAGAUGCUUGUGCACGCUGAACAAAAGUGUUUACUUCGAGUACAAAAAAACAACACUGCUGCCACUCAUUGUGCUGGUUGCCCCCACCACAUUCCAACUGACAGUCCAGAGCUGAAGAAGCCACUGGCAGCCGCCCUGGAGAAAUUUAACUCAGAAUGCAGUGAUGAAUUCUAUUAUAAAAUUGAAACCAUAACAGAAGCUACAAGCCAGGUUGUGGCUGGAAUAAUGUACCGAGUAUUGUUCAAAAUUAAGGAGACAAAUUGCUCCAGGGCUGAGUCCCCAAAACUGAGUGAAGACUGCCAUGCUGUAGAAGGCGGCACAUUGUUGACCUGCAAUGCAUCUAUUUAUGAGAGACCUUGGAUGUCAGAAAUCCAUCCUAAAGUGAAAUGCAGCAAGGAACUUCCAAAGUUUUAUAGGAGACCUCCGGGUUUUACCCCUUUCCGAAGUCCUCAACUGGCAGGCAUAUCCAACAGCAAAAACAUACCUGGAGAUGGAUUGGUUCAUGUUCAUUGUCCAGGCCAUGGCCACAGACGAGGACGAGGCCAUGGCCACGGCCACGCCCACAAACAUGGUAACAAAAAACAAAAAAAUAAGUCUUCUAAGGAAUCUGAUGAAGACAAAACCUCCCUUAUACCACUUCCUGAAAUCCCAGAUCAACCACCCACUUCAGACCCUCUUCUACAAGAUGGAAGGAGAGAUCCUAAUGAAGAUCUCCUAUCACCACAAGACAGCACUGUGGGUUUAUUUUCUUUAUUUGAUCCACUACCGGAUAUCCCAGAACCACCUGCUCCGCAGUGUCCAGGAAAACCAUGGAAACCUAUUGCAGCUCCCACAACAACCCUUGAAGAUCCUAGUCAUGAUUUUACACUUGAAGAUCUUUUACCACCCCAUGAUGGAGAUGCAGCUGAACCUCAUGAAACAACUUCUGCUCCCAACCAGCGGUCCUCUGGAGAUUUUGAUCUUGCAGAUGUUCUGGCCUAAUUAAAAAACUGAUUUUGUUAUUUCUUCAGAAAACUCGUAAAAUCCUGCAGCAGUUGAGGUGAAAAACUUACAAGCUUUAGGGCUGUGUACAAACAUAACAUUAAAACAGGAAUAACAGCAGAUUCUUUCCUCCCAGGGUCAGCCUGGGUCCCCUCUCCCCUUUUUGCAAUGUAAUUGGCAGAUGUGCAAAGCAAAAAUGUAAACACUGAGUCAGCAAUCUUGCCUCUUUCCCCACAUGCUUCAGGCGAGCUGCCUACUUUUUUAUUUUUAAAAGUACAGCAUGUGACUUUAUUUAUUUAAGCAUUUUUCAUCUUCCUUUCUUUAUAUAGGGAAAAAAGCAAAAGCAAAUUUUAAGAAUGAUCAAAGUGCUCCAAGAAUGUGAGAAAGAUAGGUUCAGAACAUUACAGGUGCCAGCCUAUCUGCAAUGCACAGCUGGCUUCUGCAGCAAUCUUGCAAAACCAGAAUCAUCUCUGUACCUGUCCCUGACAAGAAAACCAUUUGUUUGAACAGAACAUGCUGCUUCGUUCCUAGAGUGGCCUGGCUGCUCUAAUAAUGUUAUGUUUGUCUGCAGUCUUGGUUAGCCAGUAAUAAUUUCAACUAUGAUCUAGCUUCUUGCACCUGCUUGUUUCCCACUCCACCCCUGAAACACUGGAAGUAAAUUAACUGAAGUCAGUAGAAUAUUCAAGCAUUGAAACAGUAGAAAUGAAAACAAUGUAGUCCACUCUGUCUGUUAAAUCUGGUGUAAUGUAGUACAUUUGGUGAUUUGGCUGUACUCUCUUCCUUGGCUAUAGCAAAUAAUAAAACAAGCAUCAAAACACUGAA